CAUGAAUGUGUCCUCUAUUUUAUUGUGAAUUUUAAUUAAUUUUUCAGUGGCUGGAUUUUAAAUGGUAAUUAUUUUCCCAACAUGUGUGCAUAAAUGAUACCCUUUGCCAUUUCAAUUGUGAAAUUGUCAUGUUGUAUCCAAUGAGCCUGAAAUUUUUUGUGGUGAAACUAGACACAUUGACCUUCAUUUUGUUAUAAAGUUUGUGCAUUUAUCAUUUGUGGAUUGAGAGUUAUGAUUUUCUGAAGUUAUGUGUUACAUUUGGUGCUAUACCAUGAUCAUGUAUUUUCCCAAUUUUUGUUCACAUGCUUCCACUUAUCCAAUUGACCCCAAAUUUUGCAUGAAUCAUCCAUCAUAUGUCUAGUUUGUGUAUGAAUUUUCUUGGAAUUUAUCUUGCUGUUUUCCAUUUGAUUGUGAAUUUUCUUCCAUGCUUGGUCAUUUGUUGACUUUUUGUGCUAUGCAUUGCCAAAUCUUUUGUGAAAUUCUCAAAUCAUAUUUUAUGACCAUGAAAUUUCAUAUGUGAUAACUAGACAUCUCAAGCUUUGCAUUGGUGUUAAUCUCAUUCAUUUCUCUUCUGUUUUCAAUUUGAUAUGAUUUUUUGAAGUUGACCCAUGCUUGUUGACUUUCAUUAUGCUUACUUGAAAUGGUGUUGACUUCAUGAUUUUAAUUGACUGCCUUCCUCUCAUUCAAAUGCCAUGAAAUUUUACAUGCAUGCCAUGUUAGAUGUUAGGAUUGAAUGUGAUUUAUUUCAUGAUUUUUGAGAUUGCUUGAGUUGACUUUUGAAUGAAGUCAUGCUGUUGACUUUUUGUAUGCUUUCUUUGCCAUGAUUUGUAUCCCUUUGUGCAUAAAAUGAUAUAAAUGCAUGAUUUGAAUGUGGGCCCAAUUGUGAUUGCUUUCUAAUUGGUUGACUUUGACUUUGAGUUGACUUUUCCUUGCUGCCUUGACUUUUUCUUUCAUCUUUGACCCUAGGCUAGCCCUAGUGGUCCUUUGGACUUACUAUUGAGUUCCUGUUUCAGGUUGAGCACCAUUGCCAUUGAGAUCGUACAAAUGUGAUUGGUUUUGAUUACAUAUCAUGUACACUUUAGUUGCUUUAGUUGCUUGCUUUGCUUUUUAGCAAUUGCUUUGAGGACAGCCGAUCAAAGACCACACCGGUAUUCAAUCAGGCUCAACCAACAGAGAGGUAUGGAUCAGGUUCAGGCAGAGCUAGCUGAGAUGAGGGCGAACAUGGCCCAGUUCAUGAACAUGAUGCAAGGGUUUGUUCAGGGGCAAGAGGAGCUGCGUGCCUUAGCCCAGAGACAGGAAGUUGUGAUUCCAACAUCCAACCGUGCUUCGCCUGUUGCUGCACCCGCUCAUGAGACUAUCCAUGUUGCUGCUCCCACUAACGACUACGCCGUCGGGGAUGAACUUGAGGGUAUAAGAAUCAAUGGACAGCCUCUUGCUGCAGAGGUCAAUGUCAGAGCUACCCGGGCUCCGAUUCGUCAUCCAGCUCCGUUUGUCAACCAACAAGAGGACACGUUUACUCUCCUCAGUGAGGACUAUGAUGUUGUGAAAACCGAAGAGAGGGAUAGAAAAGUGGAUGCUCUUGCUGAGAAAAUCCGAGCCAUGGAAUGCCAGAACUCCCUUGGGUUUGAUGUGACCGACAUGGGUCUAGUGGAAGGGUUAAAAAUCCCCUACAAGUUCAAAGCACCCUCUUUCGACAAGUACAAUGGUACCUCCUGUCCUCGCACCCACGUGCAGGCUUACUUCAGGAAGAUCUCUGCUUACACUGACGAUGAAAAGAUGUGGAUGUACUUUUUCCAAGAUAGCCUAUCUGGGGCAUCUUUGGAUUGGUACAUGGAUCUGAAGCGAGAAUCAGUCAGAAGCUGGAAAGAUUUGGGUGAGGCCUUCCUAAGGCAAUACAAACACAACAUGGACAUGGCGCCGAGCCGAACUCAGUUACAGAGCUUGUAUCAGAAAGAUAAGGAGAGCUUCAAAGAGUAUGCCCAGAGGUGGCGUGAGCUGGCCGCCAGAGUGCAACCUCCGAUGCUGGAGAGAGAACUGACUGACAUGUUCAUUGGAACCUUGCAAGGUGUGUUCAUGGAUCGUUUGGGAAGUUGCCCGUUCAGUAGCUUUUCAGAUGUUGUCGUCUGUGGAGAAAGAACUGAGAGCCUUAUCAAAGCAGGGAGGAUACAAGAUCCUGGCUCUUCAAACUCUUCCAAUUCUAAGAAGCUAUACUCUGGGGCACCCAAAAGGGGAGAGAAUGAAACAAAUGCUGUGCACCGUCGGAGGAGUGCAAACAGAGGACAGUAUCGGCAAGUUGCUGCUGUGACUAUCCCAGCAAAUCAAACUCUGCAACAACAGAGAAGACCAACUCAGCAGUAUCAGACUCCACAACGUCAUCCUCAGCAGCAGGCUUACCAGCCUCCCAUUGAUAAUCAAGCUGGUACAAGUAAUGAGAGGAAGAAGAUCAUUUUUGAUCCAAUCCCCAUGUCCUACGCCGAACUGUAUCCCACUCUGAUAGAGCGGAACUUGAUCACUCCUAGAGACCCGCCGCCCAUACCCGUCAACCCUCGGUGGUGGUAUAGGCCUGAACAGCAUUGUGUGUAUCACUCGGGUGCUCCUGGUCAUGAUGUGGACAGUUGCUUUCAGCUGAAGAUGAAGGUUCAAGAUCUGGUGAGGUCAGGUAUUCUUAUCCUGGAGGACUUAGGUCCCAGUGCUAAUCGAGCUUGAAGGUAACAAGUCCCGGGCUGUCGGUGUUUGUUCUUCUGAGGUUUUCAAGAGGGUUGUUCAAAAUCAGAAGCUGCCGAUGCAAAAGAUAUUGACAGUUGUCAUCCCUGGUGGGAUCUAUCGCAAUUGGGUCACUGUGGGCGUUCCUACAGUUGUUCAUAAGUCUUUGUAAUAAUCACUUUGUUUAAAAACCCUUCUCCCAUGCCAAAAGGAGAAGUGAUGGCAUUGUUGGCAACA